CGAGUCAUAUGAGCCAGAAGCCGCAUGACAACAGGGAGCUGUUUUACCGCAAACCCUGUUAUGAUCUCUGCUAAAGGUUCAUUAUAACUUGUUUUGGAAGGCAACAUGGUACCAAAUACGUUAGAACCUGUUGUUGUGGUUCUUCAAACUUGGCUCAGUGCUUGUAGCAGUUGAGCUUUUAGCUUCAUGCUAAUAACAAUGAUUCUGGUUAGUUAGAUAAACACAACCAAGAAAUGACGAGCAAGAGUAAGAAGAUAGAAGCUAAUUCAGCACAGUUUACAUUAUGCGUGGAGCCUGACAGUGACCAGCAGCAAGCUCAGGUCAGAGUCGUGUCCCAGUCUAAAUGGCAAAGCUGGAUAAAAAAAGUGACUCUGCUAGUACCGUACAUGUGGCCCCGGUCGAGCACCCCACUACAGGUUCUUGUCUUCCUGUGUGUCUGCCUCCUGAGCCUGGAGAGACUCAUCAAUGUGUUAGUGCCUGUCUACAGCAAAAACAUAGUAAAUCAGUUAUCAGAAAAGGAGAAUUGGAGAAGCCUAGCAACCACUGUGUGUAUCUAUGUCCUUCUGAAGUUCCUACAGGGUGGGGGAGCAGGGACAUCAGGCUUUGUCAGUAACAUGCGUUCCUUCCUGUGGACACGUGUUCAGCAGCACACCAGUCGGACUGUGCAGCUGGAGUUGUUCGCACACCUGCAUGCCCUGUCUCUGCGCUGGCACCUGGGCAGAAAAACAGGUGACGUUCUGCGCAGCAUCGACCGUGGCACAGCCUCCGUCAGCCACCUAUUAGACUAUAUUGUGUUCACCAUGCUGCCAACUAUAGCUGACAUCGUCAUUGCCAUCGUUUACUUUGUGUCUUAUUUUAACGCCUGGUUCGGCCUCAUCGUCUUUAUCUGCAUGUUCCUUUACCUCGUACUGACUAUAAUCAUCACAGAGUGGAGAACCAAGUACAGGCGUGAAAUGAACACACAGGACAACAAUGCCAAGUCCAAGGCAGUAGAUUCACUGCUCAACUUUGAAACUGUAAAGUACUAUAAUUCAGAGAGUUAUGAAGUCAGGCGCUUUGAGGAUGCUAUCAUAAAAUAUCAGACUUCAGAGUGGAAGACAAAUGCCUCUCUUGCCCUGCUAAACCAAACCCAAAACUUGAUCAUAGGCUCUGGUCUGCUUGCUGGAUCUCUGCUCUGUGUGUACUUUGUCACAGUGGACCAGUUCCAGGUCGGGGACUAUGUUCUGUUUGGGACCUAUAUUGUCCAGCUUUACAUGCCACUCAACUGGUUUGGCACAUACUACAGGAUGAUCCAGAGUGCUUUUGUAGAUAUGGAGAACAUGUUCGAGCUCCUAACUGAGGAGAAAGAGGUGAAAGACGAUAUAAAUGCAGGAGAUCUGUUGUGUAUUGAAGGCAGAGUUGAUUUCCAAAAUGUAUGUUUCAGGUACACUGCAGGGAAAGAAAUUCUCAGAAAUGUCUCCUUCACAGUGAUGCCUGGUCAAACAGUAGCCCUGGUUGGACAAUCAGGGUCAGGCAAAAGCACCAUCAUCCGGCUUCUUUUUCGUUUUUAUGAUGUGCAACAAGGCUGCAUCCUUGUUGAUGGUCAGGACAUCUCAAAGGUGAAACAGAGCUCUCUCCGUUCUCACGUUGGAGUGGUCCCUCAGGAUACCGUUCUGUUCAAUGACAACAUCCGGGAGAACAUUCGUUACGGCCGGAUCACUGCCACUGACCAGGAAGUGGAAGAUGCCGCCUUGGCUGCUGACAUCCACCAUAAAAUUCUGUCCUUUCCAGAUGGCUAUGGCACUCAGGUGGGGGAGAGGGGCCUUAAGCUAAGUGGGGGUGAGAAGCAGAGAGUGGCCAUUGCUCGCACCAUCCUCAAAGCCCCCCAAAUCAUUUUACUAGAUGAGGCCACCUCUGCUUUGGACACACAAACAGAGCGCAACAUCCAGGCCUCGCUUACCAGAGUGUGCGCAAGCAGGACAACUAUUGUGGUGGCACACAGGUUAUCCACUAUAAUUGCAUCAGACCUGAUUCUGGUCCUGCACGAAGGCCAGAUUGUGGAGCGUGGAAGACAUGAGGAGCUGCUGGCCAUGCAUGGACUUUACUCAGCCAUGUGGCAAAAACAACAGCAGCAGCAGGAUCUAGAACCUGGUUUUUCCUCAGAUACAGAAACAAAAGAGCAGCAAGAUGGUGAAUGACUGAGGUACAGGUAAAAAUGAAGUAUCCAAAGAUUGAAAUAUGUCGGGUGACUGGGCAGAAGGAAAUGUUCAAGGAACUUUAAUAGCUUCCAUUGCUGGGAACAAUCUUUUUAUUUUUUUAUUUUUUUUUUUAAGGAUUUAAAGUUUAAAUCUUUCCAACAUGUAUAUUAAAUGUGUAAGACAUUUACAUUAAGCAAAAGCAAACCUGUACUCUUGUGUGUUUAAUCACUGCCUUCUCAGGGACCAGUUUUCACCAAGCUAGUGUCAUCAACUGUGUAACUAUGAAUUGCCUGUGAAGCAGCGAUCCAACUACUAACAACCAUUAUCUCUGCAAAAGUGUCUGAGAUUUGAGGUUGAGAGGUAUUUGUUUGCCUUGUGUAAAGUAACUGAAGUAUCUACACCGUUGCUAGAAAAUUUGUCCUUAAAUGUAAAUUUUCAUUUGAAGGACUUUUGAAUUCUGGAUUUUACCCACAAAUCAAACAAUUCAAUGCCAAUCUGUCAGUCAAUAAUGGAAAGCUGACCUGGACCAGCAUCAGCAAAGCAGCCAAACCUGUGAUGCUGCCAUCACCAUGCUUUACAGUUGGGAUUUACGUUGGGUUUCUUAUAUUGGAAUGUGCUGUCUGUUUUUGCCAGACAUAAUGCUUUUUGUUAAAAUGAGAAGACUCUAUUUCGGAUAAAUCUGUUCACAGAAGAUUUCUCCAAAAGGUUUCUGGCUUAUUGACAUAGAUUCUAGCAGACUUCAGAUGGGCAGCUGUUUUCAUUUUGGAGAGUAGUGGCUUCCUCCUUGCUAUGAUGUUUAUGCUCUUGAAACAUUGGAGGGCCUGCUAAACUCUCACCUCUGUUUGCUGUCCCCUUAUUGAAACACCUGACUUCAAUUACUCCUCUUUAAAGAAACUCAUAUUUAUCGAGGUUUACAUACUUUUUCCACUUUUUGAUUUUUAAUGUUUAAUGAUUUUAAUACAGUUUUGGUUAAUAUGAAUGUAAAGAAGUUGUAAUAAUGUUGUAAUAAGACACAAAUAAUGUUUUUGUGCAAUCGUUUAAUUGGGAUCUAUUUAUAGAUGAAGAUCUAACAUUUCAGUUCAAACUUUUGCAGAAAUUCAGAAAAUUGUAAAGGGUUCCAAGGAACUUUCUAGCAGCGCUGUACUUUAAGGAGACAAAUGAAGAAAAAGGACACAUAAUAAACAACAGAAUUUAUAAGAAUAUCAGUGUUUUAGACUUUUUAGGUUUACUCCUGUUGUUUCACUGCUGAUAAUGUAAUACAACUCAAUGUAUUGCUUAUAAGACACUUCACUGAAAUAAAUACAGAUUAUGUACAAAA